AAAAAAACACACCUGAGGCGCUGUAAUAGUGUGAGGGAAGAAGAAUCCAGAAACAAAAUAUCGAAAUCUCAUCGAUAAUAAUUAAGAUCAUGGGUUGGGUCUGGAGAGACGACGAUUCAUCCUCUUCCGACGCCGGUAGUAACGACGUCACCGAUCACCAACCACUCGGAGGUUCCGCCGGCGAAGUCAAUUGCUCAACCUCAACGGUGGUGAGAUCGAAGUGCAAGACGGAGGAGGUGGAGCCUGGGAAGUUCGUCAGGAAGUGCGACAAAACCGAGGAGAUCCUCCGCCACUGUUUCGGCAAGCCCUCUGAAGUCGUCCAAUCCACCACAGAGCACACAGAAGAAGAUGUCACAGACCAGAUGGUACGUGGAUCUUCAUCUCUCCCAAACCAGUUUGAGGAAAACCCGCUAAACUUUCCAGGACUCCGCAGCGAUCUAGACGACAUUGAGGGCCACUUCUUUACCGGAAUAAAAGGUUUCUUUGAAGCCGCGGAAGAGAUGAGAAGCAGCUUGUUCGAUAUCAUGGGAGACCGAGACCAUUAUCACUCAACCACCAAGAAGGGUAUACCCAUCGAAGACCAUCCGAAGCUAGAGGAGCAUCGCAGCAACGACAAAGACGUCACGAGACAGCCAUUCUCCUCGGGAGAUAUUGAUCUCUCGAGCUUGGCCAAGGACGUUUGAGAAUGAGUCUCUCCUUCAUUGUUCUUUCUUUGACAUAUACAAAAAGAAUCUUUAAUUAUAAUGCGACUUUAGUAGAGAAGCGUUUUGAUGUUAGCGGCGUCCACGUUUUUUGCUUA